AUGAAUAGUGGCAAUGAAAACGAUCAGGCUCAACAACCCUUUCCUGAUAAACUUGUUUUUCCAGCUGCUGAAAAUAACAAACAACCGAUCUUAGAAGUUUUGCUCAAUCAUAUUAUUCCUGAUUCAACACCUAUUUCUGUUCUCGAAAUCGCAUCAGGCGCUGGACAACACAUCGUACAUUUUGCUGCUCAUUUUCCGUUAGCGACAUUUCAGCCAUCCGACGUCGAUUCAUCAUACUUUAAAAGCAUUCGAGCUCAUAUUGAUGAAUAUGAUGUAAAUGCAUUUACAAAAAACAUUCUUCCACCUUUAACUGUCGACGUUCUUUCAUCAACAAAUCCAAUCAAGGAUCAUUCGUACGAUUUUGUUUACUGUUGCAAUCUUAUUCAUAUCACACCAAUUGAAUGUACCAAGGGUUUGUUUUCAGUAGCAGAUAAAGCAUUGAAACCGAACGGUAGUCUCAUCACUUAUGGACCCUAUGCACUGGCUGGCGACGGAAGAAUUACACCUGAAAGUAAUCGACGCUUUCAUGCUCACUUACAAGCAAAAGAUUCGAGAUUGGGCUUAAGAAGUAUAGACGAAUUGGUGGCUAUUGCUCACGAACAUCAUAUGGAAUUGAAACGGACAUUCGAUAUGCCUGCGAAUAAUAAAAUUCUUUGGUGGAUCAAAACCAAAGAUUCAUAA